GUUCAGAAGCUAUGCGAUAAAAUAAACGCCAACGUGGUCAAAAACUACAAUACACCGAAUUCCCUAGUUCUGUGUGCGUCGUACUCUCCCAUUUGACAGGUAAAGAGACACCAGUGAAGAGGGAUUUGACAAACAGACUGUCACUACGAGCAAGAACAAGAUAAUAAUGGGUGACAGUAGUUGCAGCAACGGGACCCACCACUCGGGGGCGGUGCAGUCAGACCCACAGCUGUUUGAGGCCCAGUUUGAGGAGCUGGUGACCGAGCUCACAGAGCAGGACCUCACAGACUCUGUCCUCGCUGACGCUCUCAACAGACUCCGAGAGGUGUUGCAUUACAACACUCCUGGAGGAAAAAGAAACAGAGGUCUGUCUGUGAUUGGCUCUUUGAGGGAGCUUGUUCCUCCCACUGAGCUGACCCAGGAUGCUGUUCGACGGGCCCUGCUGGUUGGCUGGUGCAUUGAGCUGCUCCAGGCGUUCUUCUUGGUAGCUGAUGACAUCAUGGAUGCUUCAGUGACUCGGAGAGGUCAGCCCUGCUGGUACAAGAGGGAGAGAGUGGGUCUGGAUGCCAUCAAUGAUUCCUUCCUCCUGGAGGGAUCCAUCUACAGACUACUGCGCAGACACUGCAGGGCACAGCCCUACUACGUACACCUAUUGGAGCUCUUCACUGAGACGUCCUUCCAGACAGAGCUGGGCCAGGCACUGGACCUGAUGACCGCUCCUCCUGGUCAAAUAGACCUCAACCGCUUCACCAUGGAGAGAUAUAAGGCCAUAGUAAAGUACAAGACUGCCUUCUACUCCUUCUACCUCCCUGUGGCAGCAGCCAUGUACAUGGCGGGCAUCGACAGUGAAGAGGAACACAACAACGCCAAGCAUAUCUUACUGGAGAUGGGAGAGUUCUUCCAAAUACAGGAUGACUACCUGGAUUGCUAUGGCGACCCGGCGGUGACAGGGAAGAUUGGAACAGACAUCCAGGACAACAAAUGCGGCUGGCUGGUGGUGACCGCUCUAGGGGUCAUGACCCCGGAACAAAGGGCAGAGCUGGAGUCAUGUUAUGGUCGGCAUGACAGUGUGGAGAAGGUGAAAGCACUGUACAACACCCUACAGAUGCCCACCCUGUACCACCAAUACGAAGACCACAGCUAUCAGCGCUUACAGAAACUCAUUGCGCGUCACGCCCAAAACCUUCCACACGCAGUUUUCCUCAACUUUGCCAAGAAAAUCUACAAGAGAAGCAAGUGAAGACUAUGAUGAGACUGUUUUUAUUUAGUGUGUGUUGCACUGUAGCUGGACUGAGGAGGGCUAGUUGUUGUGGCUGCUUCCAUUUCGGUCCCUUGCCCCUUCCCCUUGCUCCUACCCCGUCAGUGAACACCAUGGGGUUAGGGGCUAGGCUUUCUCCUCCAUAAUAUGAUUUUCAAUUAUGUACAGAAUAACUGAUUACUCAAACUGGGAAUACCAUGUGAGUAUAACAUCAUGUCACUGUUAGGAAUUGUCUGCUCUAGAAUCCUAUGGAUUUGAUGAUGACAGCAGGGAGUGACAUCAUUAUUGGUUGAUCACAUAAAUCAGGAUGACAACCUGGGGCCCUGUUUAGCAGAGGGCUCUGGUUCUCUACCGGCAGAGGGCUCUGGUUCUCUACCGGCAGAGGGCUCUGGUUCUCUACCGGCAGAGGGCUCUGGUUCUCUACCGGCAGAGGGAAUGGACUAGAGCAGGAAGCUGCCUGAUAGGAACAAUCCUGCUGUCUCUCACACCAUGUUCUUUGUAUUUUGUUUUCUCUAUCUCCCUCUGUGUAUAAUCAUUUCUUUCUAAUUACUACUGUACAUCUACCUGCUGCUGACAAUAUGGCAUCUUAUUGCUUUUAAUAAAGAAAUGUGACCAACA